AUGGCUCAACCGGACAGGCCGUGGACGGCAUUUUACGGACCUGGCGUCCGCACCGACAUCGAGGCCGCAUCCUAUCGCAACCUGCCGGAUCUGAUCCGCUCGGUCGCCGAGACCUAUGGCAACGCCAAGGCGUUUACCUGCUGCCUGCCCAACGGCAUGAACGGCACGCUCACCUACGCGCAGGUCGACGAGAUGUCCGACGCGCUGGCCGUCUAUCUGCGCGAGGUGGCCGGGCUUGAGGCCGGCGACCGCGUUGCCGUGCAGAUGCCCAACUGCCUCAGCUUUCCGGUCGCCGUUUUCGGCAUUUUGAAGGCCGGCUGCGUUCUGGUGAACGUCAACCCGCUCUAUACGGCCGAGGAGAUGGAGCGGCAGUUCACCGACGCCGAGCCCCACGCGCUGAUCAUCGUCGACAUGUUCGCCGACAAGAUCCCCGCCGCCACCCGCGGCCACCCGAUCCCCAACGUGAUCGUCACCCGCAUCGCCGAAUUCUUCCCGGUCAUGCCGCGCGGCAUUGUCGGUCUGGUGCAGAAAUAUUGGGACCAGUCCGUCAAGCCGGUCGAGGUGGCCCAUCUGCGCCUGCCCGACGCGCUCGACGCCGGCCGCAGCCACAUCGCCAGGGACCAUGUCGAGGUCGAUGCCUACCAUCAGGCGGUCACCCACGACGACAUCGCCGUGCUGCAAUAUACCGGCGGCACGACAGGCGUCGCCAAGGGCGCCAUGCUCACCCACGGCAAUCUGAUCCUCAACAUGGAACAGGCCAUGGAGCUUCUGGGCGGCGAUCUGAAAAAGGGCGAGGAAGUGGUGCUGACGGCGCUGCCGCUCUAUCACAUCUUCGCCUUCACGGUGAAUUUGCUGGCGUUCUACUGGCUUGGCGGGCGCAACAUCCUGAUCCCCAAUCCGCGACCCCUGUCCAAUCUCAAGCGCGCCUUCGAGAACUACAAGGUCACCUGGAUGAGCGGCGUCAACACGCUCUUCAACGGGCUCACCAACGAAAUCUGGUUCCUCGACACGCCGCCAAAGCAUCUGAAGUUCGCCGGCGCCGGCGGCAUGGCGCUGCAAUCCUCGGUCGCCGCCCGCUGGCGCGAGAUCACCGGCACCGAGGUUCUGCAGGGCUACGGGCUGACCGAGACCUCGCCGGUGCUGACGUUCGAACCCUUGGGCAAGGCGCGCGAGGGCACGAUCGGCAUUCCCGUGCCAUCGACCGAUAUCGCCUGCUUCGACGACAACGGCAAGCGCCUGCCGAUCGGCGAAACCGGCGAGAUCGGCGCGCGCGGACCGCAAAUCAUGAAGGGCUACUGGAAAAAGCCCGACGAGACCGAAAAGGUCAUGGCUGGCGACUGGUUCCUGACCGGCGAUAUCGGCGUGAUCGAUGAGGACGGCUAUGUCCGCAUCGUCGACCGCAAGAAGGACAUGGUCGUCGUGUCGGGCUUCAACGUCUAUCCCAACGAGAUCGAGGACGUGCUUGCCGGCCAUCCGGCCGUGCUGGAAGCGGCGGUGAUCGGCGUGCCCGACGAUGCGGCGGGCGAAGCGGUCAAGGCGUUCAUCGUCCGCGCCGAUCCGGGCCUCGACACCGACGCCGUGCGCGCCUUCUGCAAGGAACAUUUGACCGCCUACAAGGUGCCCAAGCUGGUCGAGUUCCGCGACGAACUGCCGAAAUCCAAUGUCGGCAAGAUCCUUCGAAAAGAACUGCGCGCCUUCACGCAAACGCUGCUCGGCCUGAUGGUCGCCAUCAUCAUGCUCGGCAUGGGCGCCUCGCUGACGCCGCGCGAUUUCUAUCUGGCGCUGCGCCGCCCCUAUGGCCUCGCCAUCGGCGUCAUCAGCCAGUACGGCAUCAUGCCGCUUCUGGGCUUCAUGCUCGCGCUGACGCUGGCCGUGCCCGAAACGAUCGCCAUCGGCAUCCUGAUCAUGGCCUGCAUGCCCGGCGGCACCACCUCCAACAUCUUCACCUAUUUCUCCAAGGGCAAUCUGGCGCUGAGCGUCCUGAUGACGGUCACCUCGACCGUCGCGGGCGUCGUGAUGAUCCCGCUGAUCCUUCUUCUCUAUGCGGCCGCGCUCGACCUGCAAAUCCCGCGCGAGGACAUCGUCGCCGUGCUGAUCGUUCUGCUGGUUCCGGUCGCCAUCGGCAUGGGCAUCCGCAAGCUGAACGCCAAUGCCGGCGCCGUCAUCGAGUUUUGCGGCUCGAUCCUGGCGGCGUUCUUCAUCGUCUUCAUCAUGGCGACCUGGGUGCCGCAGAACUGGCAGUUCCUGCGCGACACGACGCCAUCGACCUAUGUGGCGGCGAUCGGCCUGGGCCUUGUCGGCAUCACGAUCGGCUAUUUCUUCGCCAAGGCGCUCAGGCUGCAUCCGCGCAAUGCGCGCACGGUGGCGCUCGAGACCGGCAUCCAGAACGGGCCGCUGGCGAUCGCCAUCGUCAUCUUCUCGUUUCCGGCCGAACAGCAGCAGGCGGUCAUGGCCGUGCCGGCGCUCUAUUCGCUGUUCAUCGUGAUCGUCUCGACCUUCGUCACGCUGGUCUUCAGAAGGGCCAACACCGCGGCCGAGCAGAAGAUGCCGGAGGGCGAUGUGCGGCACGCGGCGACAAUGACGGGAUGGGCCUUGGGCCUUUCCCUCUCUGCAUCCACGGCGUUUGCGCAGGAUCCGCCGCCGCCGGACGAUCUUCUGACGCUCGCCAAGGGCGCGGUUCUGGUCUCCGCCUCGGUCGAUCCCAACGCCGCGCUGGCGCUGACCGACGGAAAUCCGGCGAGCAACUGGAGCACCGGCACGGCGAAGAACCCGCCGCCCUAUACGUUCGUCUUCGAACUGGUCGCCCCCGCCACGAUAGAAGCGGUCGGCAUCCAUGGCGCCGGCGAGCGGCCCGGCGGCGUCGCCGGCGGCUCGGCCGGCCCUGUCAGUGUCGAAGCCUCGGCGGAAGGCCCGGGCACCGGGUUCGCGCCCAUGGCGACCCUUGAGGCAGUGCCGGAAGGCGCAACCAUGGCGGCGAGCACGAUCGAUACGCCCGUGCGCUGGCUGCGCUUCACCGUCGACGGCCCGAUCGGCGCCGACGCCGCCUGGGUCUAUUUUGCCGAAGCCAUCGCCCAUGGCGCGGUCACCCCACCGGACGAAGAGGGCCGCUUCACCGGCAUCUUCCAGAGCGGCCGCGCCGAUUUCAUCGAGCUUCGGCAGGACGGCAGCUCGGUCAGCGGUUGCUAUCUGGACAAUGGCGGGCGCACCAACGGCACGCUGUCGGGCGCGGUCGACGAAGGCGUCGCGCGGCUCAACUGGACCUCCGACCAGGGCAUCACCGGCACCGCGCUCGCCACCAUCGACAGCACCGGCGCGCUCGCCGGCGUGCGCUACCGUCAGCGCAGCCGCAGCGCCUGGGGCGGACCGCCCGCCCCGGACGGAACCACGACGCCCUGCAGCGCCACGGAACCCGCCAACCCGAUCGUCACCGCGCUUGAGGAAACCGGCGAGGCGCGCAUUUACGGCAUCCAUUUCGACCAUGACAGCGACGUGCCCAAACCGUCCGCCGCCGCCGCGCUCGAACAGCUUGCCGAGGCGCUCGAAAGCGCGCCCGAACUCAACGUCGUCAUCGAGGGCCACACGGACGCUGACGGCGAGGACAGCUACAAUCUCGACCUGUCGGACCGGCGCGCGCGCUCGGUGGUUGCAUGGCUCACCGAACGCUGA